AUGGCCAGCGCCUCCUAUGACUCGUCUUUUGAUGAAGCGUACCUGGCGGCCUGGUGGGAUUGUCCUGGAGACUGUACAACCGAGAAGCAAAAGCUGAACGCCAUCAAGGAGCAAUAUUCGCCUCCGGGCUCCCAGACUGGCAUUCUGAGCGUCCAGGCCGGAGCCCCGGCACAUGCGCGCGAAGUCACCCGCUUCCCGGUGAAAGAAGCCAAAGCCCGCCUUGAACGGCUUGCAAAAGAAGAAACCACUUCAGCGGCCUUCAACAGCCCCGCAGAUCUACACGUUCCGUUCCCGGUAAUGUUCGACGUAACGGGGGAUAUCCUGGACAGUGAUGCACAUCAAGGCCUUCUUCACACCGUGCUCCGUCACAGCUCCGACUGGAAGGUUGCUUGCCCCAAAUACAAAUCUACAUACGCGAAACUCAGCGACGAUUCUAGAAGAAGAAUCGAUACGAUUGGCGCUUUUGACCACCACCAAUACGAACAAGCAAAGCAACAUGCCGUGGACUUCAUGCAAUAUAUAAAGAGCGCCCCGCACACGUCGGAUUGCAAAGUUCUUUAUAGGCUACAAAAGCGUAUCUAUGACUACCUUCUCCGCAAAGCCGUAGAUGGUCAUAAAUACCGCGGGGAGGGUAAAUCGAAUAGUGGACGCACUUGGAUAUUCUUCCAUGUGGAAAAAGCUGAAAAAAAAAGCGAAGUCGAAUAUAUGGUGAUUUGCCCUUCAAAAGAGUGCACGCUAUCGAUGAUUUUCAUGCUACAAAGCCCGUCAUCAGUGUCAUCACAAUUUUUUUCGUCGACAAAGCGACUUACGAUGCCUGCUGGAUCUCUAAAACAUUUGGGUCAUCUAAGAAGCAAGUGUGACAAUACUGAA